AGACAUUUAAAAUGUACAUAGAUAACGACAAAAAAUACGCUGUGAAAAGUCCGGUCAUCGACCGAUCUAUUGGUUAUUUAUCUCGAUAAGUCCGGUUUCCGGUAUCCGGUUCACUACCAUUCAUCCGCACAUAUUAUACCAAAGCUGCGUCGCGGUCGGUACGGUUUUUAAAGUUCAUUACAAAAUCCGUUAAUUUUCUUGUCGAAUCGUGAGGUAGGUAAGCUAACCAAGUUAUUGACAUUUGACGUUUAAAGUUCGAAUUCAUUGAACUUGUUGGCCUAACCUACCACAUGCCUCGAGCUAAGAUUUAUACAUCGAUCUGUAUUCUAAAUUAUAACUUUAAUAUCCGUACGGAACGGGUGUGAAACUGACCUGCGAGAAUCCUGCACCAAAAGCAACGAUAAUAGAGAAAAAUCUGUCUUUUCGUUUACAAUACGUGACUCUCCAGAAGAUGUGGUUAAUAUAAGUGUUUGGGGUUCUAAUGAUUAUACUACACGUUUAUAUAAUAAUUUUAAAAUUGGAGAUGUUGUUGACUUAGUUAAUUCAAAUGUUACUUAUAACAUGGGUAUCAAAGAUAAAUAUAUGCCAAAAAGUUCUAGGUAAAUAUAAACUAAUAAACUUAAUGACAUAAAUGGUUAUUUAUAUUGUAUGUAUACCUAACCUAACCUACCCAUCUAAUUUCAUAUUAUUAAAUAUUUAGCCCAUUCUAUUUAACAUUAAAUGAAAUGUCAUCUCAAAUGUUGCUACAUGAUACUCAUGAUUCUUUGAAGUAUAAAUAUCUUCUCAGAAUUCCUACUUGUCCACGACACAUGUAUAUUAAUAUUGAGGAUAUCCAUUCUAGUGGAAAAGAGAUGAGUGGGAAAUUUUGUUGUUUGUUGGCUGCAGUAAGAUGUGUAAAGUUAACUAAAUUAAUAAAAACCAAAAUUGGCAAGGAAGCGUUCUUAAAAGAAAUUAUUGUCAUGGACAAAACAAACCCUACACUUGUAGUAAGAAUUUGGGAUAAGGAACUAUCAGAAAGAGCUGCACAAUGGAUACCAAAAAAAACAAUCUUGUCUUUCUCAAAUUUAUACUUGGAAUGGAAUGUUUUUAAAAAGAGCAUGACAGCUGUUGUUUCCAAUAAAACAAUUAUUACCGAAGAUCCAAUUACAAAUGAAGCUAACGAUUUAAAAAAUUACGCAAAUACACACUUGACUGGCCUGUCUACUAAAUUAAACAUUAACAUUCCCAAUUUGUCAACUAUAACAGACAUCAUGACUUGUAAACGAGUUUUAGUGAAGUCUAAUGAAAUUAGUAGACAAUUUACAGCUGUCUUAUAUGCAAUUGUGAGCAAGUUUAAUAUUGAUGGACUGUCUCCAUUGGUUUUAACUAAGUGGCAAGUAAUUUUAUUAUUCUAAAUUUAAAUUGUAAUUAACAGUUCUUGAAACACUUUGUGCAGUAAUCUAUGUGGUAUGAAUGUGAACAGUACAUACUUAAUGUGUCUUAAUCCAGAAUGUACUUCUAAUUUUGAAAUGGAAACUGAAUCAUAUGAAUUGGAAAGUAUAUUAAAUAUUCGAUUAUCAAUAACAGAUUCUACGGGCACUCUAGAAAACUGUAUAUUGCAUCAUCAAGUUGCUACCAAAAUAUUAAACGAGGUAAGUAAUAUUGAAAAGGAGGAAUAAGUUUGGUAUUGAUGCUCCUAAAAUAAAAAUGUAGAAAGAAUAAUGGAAUACUUUUUUCAAUAGCGUAGAAACACUAUCU